CAGAAGGGCAGGACCGCAUCCCGGAAGCUGCCAGAAGUAGCUAGCUCUUUAUCAAGGACGUACCCUUUCCUAUUUGGUUAAUAUACCAAAGAGAGCCUUUCGGGGCUUUGCUGUCAAGGUUACUCCACGGGCUCACCUGGAAAAUUUAAGUCUGAAUCGGGAGGCAACACAUCUCAGAGCGUCUGCCGACAGCACGGAUAAAGUGACGGACGGAGCAGAGCCUGCUCACCGGGAUUUUACAUCGCAUCGCAUCAGUUUAGGAUAUUCAGGCAGCUACUUUGGCCCAGCCUUGAUCUCUUUCAGGGUACCUCCACACAAUAUUGCCUAGAUUAAAACAUUUGAAUGAUACAUUUCUCAUAAGGUCGUCAAUAUUGAGGCGGGCGGACCACUAAACCCAUGCGUAACAGCGGGGGAUUUUGGAAUACUGCGUAGCCGCUAAACCACCCAGUCUCUCGGUUAAGAGUUCUGUUAUUUGGAGAUAUCUUCAAGCGAGAGGAAGAUCAACCGGGACCUGUACCCACUUUUAUUCGGAGGCUAAACGGUGAAAACCCGAAGCACACUUGGUGCGCAAUCCUUCUGAGGACGCUCUUGAAAUUGCCGACCUGCGCUUUUGCCCUCGACAAAAAUUGGCAGGCGAGUCGAGAAAAAAAGGCAAAGCUUAUUAACUUUGCAUGCUAGAGGCUAGAGUGUGGAAUCUAAUUUGCAGGGUUACGCUACAUUUGCAUACACUGGAAGACGAGGAUAACCUUAAUCAACAUUUGACAUCGACAAAGCAGCAGCUGGAUUUGGGGGAAACAGAAUGAAUCCGUUUAAUUUGGACCACAGAAGUAUGAGGCAGAUUGCCUCAGUGAAUGCUACAAUCUGCAUGGAGUUCUAGUGUACACUACGGAGCAAUUUUAUGGUUGGCCGCAGAACUCCCCCGGCUGUAGUACUGUGCCCACCUCGCCAUGCUGGCCUGUUUGCAGAGGAGGCAAAACCCUCAACCCCAGCACCCAGUGUGUGCCAGCAAGACCCUGGAGCCACCGCAAGCCCUUGGACGGAAAUGUGAACUAGUAGUGCCCACACACUCCCCUCGCUACCCCACUGCGGCAGAACUUGAUGCCUAUGCUCAGAAGACAGCCAACAGCCCACUGUCCAUCAAGAUCUUCCCCACCAACAUCAGGGUUCCCCAGCACAAGCACCUUAACCGGACUGUAAAUGGAUACGACACCACAGGCCAACGCUAUAGUCCCUACCCACACCUCCACACAGGGGGCUACCAGGGCCUCCUUGCUAUUGUUAAGGCUUCAUCAUCAUCGUCAUCGUCAACAUCCGCCUUCGUCUCUUCAAAAGGUGUUCUCAAGAACUCAGAAGGCAGACGGACUAAGCUCUCGCCAGCCCACAUAGCUGUUGCCCCAUACCCACCUCCUAGUAGUAGCACUUUAGCCAGUGGCCAUGGCCAAAUGGUAUACCACACUGGGCCCUCAAAACCUCCAGAAGGCCCCAGACUGUCAGUGCCCCCAAACGUCACUGUAGCUGGCUCAGUGAUUCCUGUAACAGGGGGACGAGGCCUGGCCUUGCCCACACAAUCCAACCUUCCCUCCAUCCAGAGCAUCAUCUAUCAGAUCAACCAACAUUGCCAGGCCCAGGCUCUGCAGCAGGUGUGUCAAGGGGCUGCCACUGCACCGUCAAAUUCCAGCCCAUCCAAGCAGGGCACAGCUGUCAUGGGGGUCUCUUCUAGCUCCUCCGGAGGCUAUGUGGUAGGAAUGGGGCCCCAAGCUAACAUGGUAUAUACAGGGCCCGGACUGCAGGCUCAAAAUUCAGAGGCAAUGAAGACUGGUGUGUACACAGAUGGCAUGGACUAUAUACUGUGGCAGAAGCAGCAGCAACAACAGCAGCAACAGCAGCAGCAGCAACAAGCUGUGCUCCGCAUGUACAGUGGAGGCAGUGGAGGAGGGGGCGCCAUCAGCAAGUCCCCAGAAACUUGUGUUCCAGGAGGAGGGAUUAUGGGGGCCCAAGUGUCCUCCUCUUCUUCUAGACCUUACCACAUGACAGCGAGUGCUAGCGGAGGAGGUGGGCUGGACAAAGUCAGUUCUUCCCCUUUGAACUGCGUGGGUAUGCAUGGAAACUUCUCAGUGGGUCAAUACUUUGCACCGCCAUGGAACAGCGUGCUGGUGACACCUGACAGUGACUGCUACAAUCCCCAAGAGCUUUUGGGCACCUCCACUGGAGGGCCAGCCACAGGACACAGAGAGAUGGGCUACCCUCACCACCAUCACCACUACCACCAUCAUCAUCACCACCCUGCUAUAGACAGCGGGGGAGGCUUGUGCUGCAGCCUACCCAGCAAGAGCUUGUGCAACACGUCUGUGCUGAGCAGCAGCUUGCAGUCUCUGGAGUACCUGAUCAACGACAUCCACCCACCCUGCAUCAAGGAGCAGAUGCUUGGCAAAGGCUACGAGACUGUGUCUGUGCCACGUCUGUUAGACCACCAGCAUGCACACAUCCGCCUCCCUGUUUACAGAUAGAGGGGGAAGAAGAGGAAAAGAAUCAAGAGUUGUGAAUUUGUGAAGAAAUUCAAAGUUUUAAAAAACAGAUGUUUUUUGGGGGGGUUGAUGCGAGUGCCACUGCUUUAACUAGUGUGGGUGCUUAGAGAAGAGCAGUUGUUGUGCUGUGUGGCCCUAGGUUUGGUGGUUUCAAGGUAGGCUGUGGGAAUCCCGAAUACUCAAAAGUGGUAGUGAUUUCCAGUGGAAAAGAAAAGGGAUUUCAAGAUUCUCCUGAUAUUCCAUUGUGUGGUUUGCCAAUAGGAUUUUGAAUUAAUUAAUUUUUUUUUUGACUCCUCUUUUUUUUUUUUUUUUUUUUUCCUUUUCACAUGCCUGAACGUGUUUUGAUGAGAAUCAUAGCUUGACAUGAAGUGCAUAAGCCACUUGUAUCCCCAUUCUAAAUACUAAGGAUGAAGCUACUGUGUAGGUUGUCACUGAAAUGGUCACAAAGGACCAAUAUUUAGGGCUGCUCUCAAAAUCCAAAACUCUGUAACAGUACACACAUGAACACAUACAAAACAAAUAUACUGACAAAUACGAAGAUUAUAGGCUGGACUCGGGUGUUACGUACAAGGAUCAUAAGGUUGAAUUAAAAGGAUAGUACAAUAUUAGUUAUUAUUGCUGUUAUAAUUGAUACAUAAAUUGCACUGCUUGAAUUUUGUUAACUUUGAAGUUUGGAAUUGGGUAGUUUGGAUAUGAUAUAUUUAAGAAACUUGAAAAACUUGAACCUAUUUUUUGUUGUUUGAUAUAUUUGUAGGUAUAUUAUAUGUAUUGGCUGCUACGGGGAAAGUGUCUCAAAUGCUUUUUUUUUUAAUUUUUAUUUUAUUAUUUUCCACUUUUUGUUUUUAUGAUUUAAUAAUUUCUCCUCUGGCUGAUGUGCAGUUUCUUAUGUCCUGGUGUGAGGCAUAGUUGCUGCUUUGGUUCUGUAAGAACCUGUUUGGAGAGCUCUUUUUUUUUUUUUUCCUAACCAACACUGGAUUCUACAAUAAAUACUUAUUUAAAAAGAAAACAUUGCAAAAAAACAAAAACAAACUAAAAAACAAGAAAAAGAAUUGUUACAAUGAAGAAUGUGACUGGGAGGUUAUCUGCAUAACCUUACAUGUAUGAUAAUGCGUGUAUGUGGCUGAGUGCAUGUAUGUGUGUGCUUUUUUUAAAAAAAAAAAUGUGUUCUUCAAAAUCCUCAGACUUUUUUCUUUUUUAAAAAAAUAAAUUCUGUCAUUACAAGAUUUUUACCACCAAGACUGAAAGACUGAGUCACCAGUUCCAUAAACAUUAUAUCUGCAUAAUGUAUAGGAGAUACCCCCACCCCCAUUUUUUUUUUUGGGAGGCUUUAGAUUUUCAGUGGAGCUAGGGAGCAUUUUCUCAUGUGACUCCUUUAUAAGUGUAUUUACAGCACUACAGCCUCUUCAUCUGUCAGGUACUAUCAUCAUGAGAAAGUGGUGGAAACAAAUGGAGAUCAUAUCUUCGGGGUGCUAUUCACCCCUAAUCCUGCAAACAAAAACAAAUGAAAACAAUCAUGCCCUGUCCUCUGGCAUCAGAUGAAAUGAGACUAAGCUCACUGCUUUUCAUUGUCCAUUUCAGCCCCUGGUUGGGGUGCGUUUAGCCCAGGCCGGUCUUAACUUGAUGAUUCAGAGCAGUGAAAUAUUUAUUAUGACUGUGAGAUUCCCUUGAAUGUACUGCACUUAAAUUACUGCGAUGUUUUAUUGCCUUGUGGGACUCAAGUGAAAGAGAAAAAUUGGAUCAGUGCAGCAGUCCUCUGGUCUUAAAUUAGCAUUUCUUUUGUCAGUCAAAUUUGAGUAGUAAAUUGAAUUUAUUAACUGCAGAGGGAGAAAGAACCAGAGCUUUGUUGUGGGGAAAUACUGGCAUUAGUCUAGAUUUAUGAAGUGCAAUUAUUAUGACUGUAUUAACAUUUUUUUCUCUGAGCUUACACCAAAAAAAUGUAAACUACAGUUGUCAAUACAUUCCCAAUGUACCACAUCCCUAAUCCUUAUCCAUCUUUUGUUUUGAGGUGUAAAAUAAAUUUCUUUAAAAAUUUA